AUGAAACUUAGAUUAAUCGUUACAUUAGGAAUUUUAACUUUGUUCCAAGACUUGUCCAAAGUUGAUACAAAGUCGGUGCAUUAUGAAGUAGUUGAAGACAAACCUGAACGUGAACAAACUCAAAAUCACAAUAAUUCAAGCAUUAUUAUUAAUGAAAAUGAAGAAACAAAAGAAGAAGAAAAAUUCAUCAACAGUGAAAACAAUGGAAUAAAUAUGACUGAGAGUAGUUACAGAAGUACUGAUGAUAAUAAUUACGAUAUUGAUUAUGUUGGUGAGGAUGAAGACAAAUAUAGCAGAAAGAAAAAGUAUAAGAAACAUCAUGCUAAGAAAUAUGGACCAUUAUUGCUUGCACUUGCUGGAAUGAAGAUGGUGCUUUAUCAUUUAUUCUUAAAGAAAAUAGCGAUGUUGAGUGUGAUUUCUUUUGUAUUAAGCAAAGCUUCAUUCGUGCUUGCAUCACUGAUUGCAAUCAAGCAAUAUCUCAACUCAUCUUCGCAACAUCGAAGUUCUGAUAGCACUAAAGUCGAAUUUGUUCACAUUCCAUUAAAAAAGUGGCGGAAACCUAAAGAUGAUGAGUUUUACGAAGAAAGUCGAUUCAUACCAAUCACAUACGCUCCGGAAACAGCUUUUGACACAACACCAUUUUUCUAUGACUUUCCAUAUAAUGCAAAUAAUCCAGACUCAUUCACAAAUAGCGAUGAAAGUUUUGGAGAAAAUUACGAUGGAAAGUUCGACGAGAGUUUUGAUGGGGAAAAUUGGGAUGAGAAUUUCGGUAGAAAUUUGGAAGGAAAUCAUACUGGAAAGUUUCCCCACACUCUUGACGUUAAAUUUGGCAGUGAUUUGCCUGGAAGUUUUGGUGACGAUCUUCUUACAGAAGAAGAAUGGCAAGCAUUUGAUGGUAAUAGAAAUUUCAACGUGGACACAAGAGGCAGAGAUGAACUCAAGAAUAAUAAAAAAUCGGUUAAUAAUUCUGGUACAACUUACAACACUCAUUUAUGGAACCAUUUCUCAUCUAAGCUCAAUAGAAAUCGAGCAGAUGGGCGGAAAGAUCAGCAAAUUAAUCAUAAUAACCGUCUAAGUUUUCCUUUCUUGUAG